CCCCACCAACGAUAUUGGUGUGCCACAAUACACACAACAGCAAUAGACACGCGCGAAUCACCACCGAUUCGGCUUCCCCGAAGCAAUCAUUCGAAGAUUUUUCUCCCCGAAGCGUGUCAGGACGAAUGUAUACACAGACGAUCUGGGCUGAGCUCUGAUAAGCCGACGAGUGGAAGUGGGAGUUACAUGCGGAUGGUCUAGAGUCGUUCGGAGUGAAUCACAACGUUCUGCUCAACGAUUUUCAGUUAUUUCUCGGGCGAUUCAUGAGGUGAAAAUACUCCGGAGGUGAUGGCUACUGUUUUGUACGAGAACAGAAUAUUUUUGGGCGGUUUCCGAGUCAUAAAACAUCAUGCUCAAUAGUGCCGGAGGCAAUGCAAGGAUACUAAGCUUUGAUGAUGUAUGAAACGCAAGAGUUUUUUUUCAGAGGAUUUGCUGCCCAAAUCCUCUGAUUGAUGUGAUUAUUCCGUAUUUCUUUGAGACAAAGGAGGGUUGUGUUUGCGAAUCGACCGCAUAUUGAUUCUGGAUACAUUUGAAAAAUAUUAUGCCGAAGGGGAACGAGUUGAGAACUGGGGAGGCGCAAAUUGGACCAAUCAAAACGUGAGAUUUACCGCAACAUAACAUCAAACAAAACACAUAAUUCAUUGCGCAGUCCGGUACUCGUAUUGAAUGAGCAACUGGGAGAGUACAGAUUGCUUGUACCAAUUGACCAAUCAGAAUGCGGGAUAUUCGUGUAGAUAUUAUUUGACAUUUGUCAAUUGUUCGAUGGACGCCCUUUGCGCAUAGCUGCCUGCUCUUAGGAAUUAGGAAUUGAGGCAGGCCGAAAAGUUAAUGACCGAACGUGUGGCGUGUUAUGCUAAUGAGACAGGAUAUCUAGAGAUCCAAUUAUUCGUCUUCAACCAUCGUAUUGCCUGUCCCUGUAAGUGAUUCUAGCUGUAUCCAGAAAGAAUGAAUCCCACUGGAGUUAAAUAGGCGUUAGUCGCAAUCGAGAAGUACGAUUCUCUAGAUGGGUCCUAGGUUUGAUUUUACGGUGGUUCUGUUUGUUCUGUUUGCCGUCAAGGGACACUAUUCUGUUCCCAAUGGAAAGUGCACCAAUUUGAAUGGGCUCGUCGGGCGUUGCAUCAAGUUGUCAAAAUGUCAAUCGCUUUCAGACAUUCAUCGCGCCCCGGUAAGGUCGAUUAAACAGAGUGAACGUUUGGCGGACAGCUUGUGUGGAAAAUAUGCGAAAAAUCCUCUGGUGUGUUGCUUGGACAAUCAUGACCAGUACCCAGCAGUAGUACCUCUAGUAGUUAGUAAAAUCUUUCCACAAUCUUCAAACAAAAAUCUAUCGAUAUCGUCACAUAUUUCUCUGGAAACUGAAAUAACUCAUAGUCAAUCACCGUACAACUGGAGACCUGAUACUCAGAAAAAUGCGACAGAAAAGCUCAACAACCAACAAACCCAUCUGGAUGAAUUUCCUUGGUCUGCGUUGAUCCAAUAUAGAAAGCCGUAUGGUUUCCUCGGGUUCCACUGUGGCGGAACUCUAAUUCACGAUCGUUUCGUCCUGACGGCAGCCCACUGCAUUACAGCCAUUCCUAGCACAUGGGAAGUAUACUGUGUGCGACUUGGAGAGUAUGACCUCAAACACACCGGAACAGAUUGCCUGGGUGACAAGUGCGCGGAUGCACCUUUGGACGUGAAGAUUCAUCGAAUUUUAAUACACGAGAAGUACUUCACCCGAGAGAUGAGCCAACACAACGAUAUCGCGUUGAUUCGAUUGGUGCAGAACGUAAGAGUUACGGCUUUUGUACGGCCAAUAUUGCUGCCCACUGACGAGAUAGAUCGCUUCGUGAAAGACGGGUCUCUAGAAACUGUUUCGGUAGGAUGGGGCAAAACCAAAACCUCGAGCGCAAGCACCGUCAAAAUGAAAGUACAUCUGAGUAUCGAUAAUUUCGAUGGUUGUGCACAAGCAUACAAAGAAUCAGGAUUGAGACUACAAGAGACUCAGCUGUGUGCUAGCGAACGGCGAGGAACCGGGUUUUGUAGUUGUGAUUCUGGUGGUCCUCUAAUGGCGCAGCUCAGGGGUCAGUACUAUUUAGUUGGAAUUGUAAGCUUCGGACCGGCAAAGUGUGGACUCAAAAAUGCACCCGGUGUGUAUACCAAUGUAGCGAAGUAUGUAGAGUGGAUAAAAAGGCAUAUGGUGGGACCAUUUAAUUACCGAUUGAUGUAGUGUCUAUUUAUUUUCAAGUUAGAAUUAAGAAUCUAGAUGGAAGACUUCGCAAAAGGUUCACUAUAUCCGUAUUUUCAUUCGCGUAAAGAAAUACAAAUGGGCCAUUGCGUUAAUUUUUUUUCUUUUAUUAACUUUUCA